AUGGCCUGGAUUCUCGUGUUCCUGUUCAUGUCCUGCGUCAAGGCGGCCUGUGCAGAAUGCAGAGCUGACGAAUGCGCAGACCACAGUGGAGAUGCAACGGACCUCCUCCAACAUGUCCGACAUUCUAAAGCAAAGCUGUCGCAGACUGCAUCCGAGCUGACCACCUCGACUACAACUACGACUUACCAUUAUGAUGUUUGCGAGGAGCUCAAGGCAGAGUACAACAUUUCCUCGCUAUGCAUUCCCAAAGAUGAAGCCGUGCCACGGAGUUCCUCCAGCUCAACGCCGCGCGGGAAAAGGGGGAAGAGCCUGCCCUGGGUGGUGGAGAAGGCAAAGGCCAAGGCAGCGUGGAAAGUGGACGUGGCCACUGCAAAAGCAUGGUGGUGGUGUGAGAAGCAGUGGUGGUGCCACAAUGGCCCGCCCACUCCCCCUGCUGACUGCCCCAUUAGCAGUUCAGGCAGCCAACUCUAUUCAGACAGGGCAAGCUUUGAGGCACCGCUAACGGUGGUUCUCGUUGAUGGAUAUGACAAUGCCGCGUACUUCGCGGGUGACAACUUCGAUGGCGCCAACUUCGACUCCUUCACGGACGCAGCAGUGUCAGCGAUCGUCGGCGAAACCCAGUAUGAGACCACCGGCUUCGACAACAACAAUCUUAUUCCCGGGCAGUCCAGUGGAGACCCCCUGUAUUGUGCCGGCUGUAACGGUUCCUAUCGAUUGAGCUUCCAGGCGACCUCCGUUGGAACCGGUCAGGGGGUUUGGGCGGCGGGGUUCGACAUCAGAGGGGUUCAGGAAGGAGUUUUCGGAACCGUGGCCUUUGUCACGUACGGCGACGGCUCCACUGGCGAGUUCGUGCUGCCUGAGCGUCAGGACGUCUUUUGGGGCAUCAUCGACUGCCGACGGAUUACCAGCAUCCAUCUCGGCCUGUCAGGCGGCGCCCCCAAUACCGACAAUAGUGUCAUGCGAAUGGCUCACGACAAUCUGAGCAUUGGCGCCUGA